CAAAUAACAACUUCUAUUUUACAUUAAGUUUAAUGGGAUCUUCUACUCUUUAUUCCGUUUGUGCAUUUGCCGCUAUCGGUGGUCUUUGCUUCGGUUAUGACACUGGUGUCAUUUCCAGUGUAUUGACAAUGAAACACUUCGUCACCAAAAUGACUGGUGACCCAACCCUCGAUAAACUUUCCACUCUUAUGACUGGUACUAUUACCGGUCUUUUGUUAGCCGGUUGUUUCAUUGGUUCUCUCUUGGCUGGUCCUUCGGCUGAAAUUCUCAGUCGUAAGAGAACCAUCAUUAUCGGUUCUCUUAUCUUUAUUAUUGGUGGUGCCCUUCAAACCGGUGCUAAUGGUUAUGCUAUGAUGGUUGUUGGUCGUUUUGUUGCUGGUCUUGGUAUUGGUGCCUUGUCUAUGAUUGUUCCUCUUUAUCAAUCUGAAUUAGCUCCCAAAGAAAUUCGUGGUCGUCUUAUUGGUCUUCAACAACUUAUGAUCACCAUCGGUAUUAUGAUUGCUUUCUGGUGUGGUGUUGGUACUGAAAAGAGAAAUGGUGAUUCUUCUUGGAGAAUCCCUCUCGGUGUCCAAGUUGCUCCCGGUGUCGUUUUGCUUAUUGGUGCUUUCUUCUUGCCUUACUCUCCUCGUUGGUUGCUUAGUAAGGGACGUAAUGCUGAAGCUCUUACUGUCUUGGCCCAAUUGCACUCCGAUGGUGAUGAAACUGCUCCUCAUGUUGUUGCUGAAUACGAAGAAAUUCUUGCUCAAAUUGAACUCGAAAGAGCCGUUGCUGUCGGUAGCUAUCUUGAACUCUUCCAAGGCAAGCUUCGUCGUAGAAUGAUUCUCGGUAUGCUCAUUCAAGUCUUCCAACAAUUCACUGGUAUCAACUCCAUCAUGUACUAUGCUCCUCAAAUCUUCGUCCAAGCUGGUCUCGGUUCUAACAGUGCUGGUUUGAUUGCUUCUGGUGUCAACGGUUGUCUUAACGUCUUGGCCACUAUUCCUGCUGUUCUUUUCAUGGAUCGUCUUGGUCGUCGUAAGAUCAUGAUCUCUGGUGCCAUGGCUAUGGGUACUGCUAUGAUUCUCUGUGGUGCUGUUAUGGGUGGUGUCGGUGAAAUUACUACUGAUUUAGUUACUGGUGAUAAGACUGUCAACAUGACUGGUAACAAGAGUGCUUCUUACUUCUGUAUUGUCAUGAUUUACUUGUUCGUUGCUGGUUUCGCUUGGUCUUGGGGACCUGUCGGUUGGGUCUAUCCCGCUGAAAUCUACCCUCUCAGUGUUCGUGCUAAGGGUACUUCCAUCACUACCGCUUCUAACUGGCUCAUGAACUUUGUCAUUUCUGAAAUUUGUCCUGUCAUGUUGGUCAAGAUUACUUAUGGUACCUAUAUCUUCUUUGGUUGUUGUUGUGCUAUCAUGGCUACUACUGUCUACUUCUUCUAUCCCGAAACCAAGGGUAAGUCUUUGGAAGAGAUGGAGGAUGUCUUCAGUGGAAAGGUCUUGUGUCAUAAGCAAGUCUAUACCAAGUCUCACAGUGGUCCUCAAGAAUUUGCUGUCCCCACUGAAGAGGAGAAGAAGGAUUUCGUUUAAAAUCCCAACGCCUAUCAAUUCAACAAACAAACAAACAAACAAAAAACAAAUUCACUCUGUAUCAUUAUUUCCCCCAACUUUCUUCUUUUUUCCUUUUAAACUUUACAUCUUAAUAUAAUUCUUUAUCUCUCUAUCAAUGCUCUCUUGUAGCUGUCGAUCUCAAAUAUAACCUUUUUAAUAAAUAAAUUAUCUUUCUUAAAUCCCAAAA